ACUCCCUAAUUUUUUUUUAAAUCGACAUAUUUGGCGAAUUCUCCCGACUUGCAGCUGCCAUCGGUUGCUUCCAUCUACAAGUACUCAAUCAAUCAAUCCCCAAUGACUACCAGCUAUUGUGAUUGGCUUCCCUCCCAAAUGUCUUCUUCAACAUUAACCUUAUUCUUCGUCCUCCUUGGAACUCUCUGUUCCUUUAUCUACUUCUUCAGCUCACCAAACCGCAACAAAAAUGGCCGGAAACUUCCACCCGGUCCUGCCCCUCUUCCCAUCAUAGGUAACAUCCACAUGCUAGGGAACCUCCCACACCAUAGCCUUCACUAUCUCGCCGAAAAAUAUGGACCCAUCAUGUCGAUAAUGCUAGGCAAAGUACCAACCAUCGUGGUAUCAUCACCCGAAGCCGCUGAACUGUUCCUCAAGGUCCAUGACGUCGUUUUUGCUUCCAGGCCUAAAGUCCAAUCCGCGAAAUACUUGGCAUAUGGUGGCAAGGCCGUUGGUUUUACCCAGUACGGUUCUUACUGGCGAACUGUACGGAAAUGGUGUAUUUUGCAUUUCCUCAGUGCUUCCAAAGUUGAAUGUUUUGCCCCGAUAAGGAAGGCGGAGGUGGGGUUAUUGGUUGAAUCAGUGAGAAAGGUAGCGGCGGCGGGUGAAACAAUAAACCUUAGCCAGGCGGUGGCUAAGGUUCUUGAAGAAAUGAUGUCGAAAGUGUUAUUCGGGCGGUCCAUGGAUGAUAAAAUCGAUUUUAAGCCGCUGGUUGAUGAGGCCCUGCACUUAUCUGGGGUUUUCAAUCUCUCGGAUUAUGUGCCUUUCCUUGCUCCACUUGAUCUUCAGGGAUAUACAAGAAGGCUUAAGAAGGUGAGUAGUGACCUUCACCAAUUUUUUGAGAAAAUGAUAGAUGAAUACCAACAAGGGAUUAACUUGGAUGACCAAAAACCUUAUAGAAGUUUCUUUCAAGUGAUGGUUUCGUUGUUGGAUACACCCAUAAACCCUAACGAUAAAGAUCAACCCUACAUCAUUGGUAGAGAAAACAUCAAGGCUAUAAUGGUGGACAUGGUGGCAGCUUCCUUCGACACUACAUCCACGGCCAUUGAGUGGACAUUUACAGAACUUCUAAAGCAUCCUCGAGUCAUGGUUGCUCUCCAGAAAGAGCUAGAAAGUGUUGUCGGAAGGAAUAGAAUGGUAGAAGAGUCGGACCUACCGAAACUUGCCUAUUUGGAUAUGGUCAUCAAAGAGAGUUUCAGGUUGCAUCCCACGGCACCGUUGUUAGUCCCGCACGAGUCGACCGAAGAUGUCACCGUUAAUGGGUAUUUCAUACCUAAGAAGUCGCGGCUUUUGGUGAACACUUGGACCAUGGGGCGAAACCCCAAGAUAUGGUCGAGCAAUGCUGAAGAGUUCUUUCCAGAAAGAUUCAAGGAUAGGAAGAUAGACCUUCGAGGGCAUGAUUUCGAACUCAUUCCGUUCGGAACCGGUCGUAGAGGAUGUCCUGGAAUGCAGUUAGCUCUAAUCAGCAUGCGUCUUAUUUUAGCUCAAUUAGCCCAUUGCUUUGAUUGGGAGUUGCUUGAUGGGAUGUUGCCUAAUGAACUCGACAUGACCGAGAAGUUUGGCCUUUCGUUGCCGAGGGCUAAUCAUUUACUUGUAAAGCCGACUUAUCGUUUAAUUGCUUAAAGUUAAGGUUGUAAAUCAACAUUUGGGUUGUUGUUUAUGUUGAUUUAUCAAAAUAAAUAAACGAGAAUAAACAAAUAAAACCUAUUCUAAUGGAGACUUAAUCCUUUGGUUUA